GGGGGCGCGCGCGGGAGCGGCCUAUGAAGCGACGUUACCGAGAACGAUAGCCGAAAUUUAAAGCUGCCCCGACGCUAAACUCGGUUUUAAGGGAUUACGCUGUUUUUUUUUUUUGCACGCAGUUUGCCCUGCGGCUGGUAUUGGUGGCUUCAUCCGGUUCCUGUCAAUUGCCUGGACUGUACCAGAUUUUUCGCACUGUUGAUGACGAAGCGAUAGGCAAAUAAAUGAAGUUCAAGUAAGGAAGGUAAAACGAUGCCCAAAGGUGGGUGUUCUAAAACCCCACAGCUAGAAGAAUUUUCUCUCAGCUACGACAUGGUGGAGAAACAAACUGGGAAAAAGGAUAAAGAUAAAGUUUCCCUAAAUAAGACUCCAAAAUUGGACCGAACUGAUGGAGGGAAAGAGGUAAAAGAAAAAAACACAAAAAGAAAAUUGCCCUUUUCAGUUGGAACAAAUGGAGAUCAAAAAGAUUCCGAUACAGAGAAGCAGGGCCCAGAAAGGAAAAGGAUCAAGAAAGAGCCUGCUAAUCGCAAGUCUGGGUUGCUUUUUGGGAUCGGUUUAUCUGGAAUCCGAGCUGGUUACCCUCUUUCAGAGAGGCAACAAGUUGCCUUACUUAUGCAGAUGACUGCAGAGGAAUCUGCGAAUAGUCCAGUUGACACAACACCAAAGCAUCCUUCUCAGUCUACAGUUGGUCAGAAGGGGACCCCUAACUCUGCCUCCAAAACCAAAGACAAAGUGAACAAGAGGAAUGAGAGGGGAGAAACCCGUCUCCAUCGAGCUGCAAUCAGGGGAGACGCUAGACGAAUUAAAGAGUUGAUUAAUGAAGGUGCCGACGUCAAUGUAAAAGACUUUGCAGGAUGGACUGCAUUGCAUGAGGCUUGUAACCGUGGUUACUAUGAUGUUGCAAAACAACUUCUUGCUGCAGGCGCUGAAGUGAACACCAAGGGUUUGGAUGAUGAUACACCAUUGCACGAUGCAUCAAACAAUGGCCACUUCAAGGUCGUCAAAUUGCUACUGCGUUAUGGAGGAAAUCCACAUCAAAGUAACAGGAAGGGAGAAACCCCUUUAAAAGUUGCCAACUCCCCAACAAUGGUGAACCUUCUUUUGGGAAAGGGUUCCUACACCUCAAGUGAAGAAAGCUCAACAGAAAGCUCUGAAGAAGAGGAUGCACCUUCAUUUGCACCUUCAAGUUCAGUUGAUGGCAAUAAUACAGACUCUGAAUUUGAAAAGGGUUCAAAACACAAAGGCAAGCAUCUGGAGCCUCCCAAAACCACCACACCUGUAAAAGAUGAAUAUGAAUUUGAUGAGGAUGAUGAAGAAGAUCGUAUCCCUCCAGUUGAUGACAAGCACUUGCUAAAAAAGGAGUUCAGAAAAGAGACAAAACCGAACAGUUCUAAUUCUGUUCCUAAAAUGGAAGUAAAAUCUUAUUUAAAAAACUCAUCUGCACCAAAGAAAGCUGCGCGACGCAUUCUGUCAGACACUUCUGAUGAGGAAGGCAAUCCUGUUUCUGUAGGAGCAAGUGAAAAGCUUGGUCUUUCUGCUCACACGGGCUUAUCGAGCAAUAAAACCAGGGCGCAAACUAUUGUGAAACUUAAAGACAAAAGCAAAGUUAAAAAGAAAAGGAAGAAAGACACCAAAAAUAAGGAAGUGAGAUUUGGAAAGAAAAAUGACAUUUUCUGUACCUCUGAAUCCGAAAGUGAAAAUUUAGACAGUGAUGUUGAAAAUGAUAGACUUUCUUUAGAAAGCUCAAACUGUUUAAAGGAUACUGCUAUAGUGCUAAAAGAAGCUUCUUUAUUUAGCUCGUUGUCUGCAUCUUCUGCUUCUUCUCAAGGUAGUUUAACCUCUCAGAAGCACAAUGCUACGAUCACAGACCAGCAGUCUAAACACUGGAGGACAGACAAUUGGAAAACAAUAUCAUCUCCUACCUGGUCUGAUGUCAGUUCGUUGUCAGACUCUACAAGGACAAGUGAAUCUGAUUAUGCAUCUGAGGGUUCUAGUUUGGAAUCUGUCAAACAGAUUAAAAAAAAAUCAGAGCACAAAAAGAAAAACAAUAAUAUGCAGAAUAGCAUAUAUGAAAAAAAUUCAUUCCAUUCACAUGUAGAAGGCAUAAUUCCUAAAUUAGACAAGGAAGGCAAAGUGGUCAAAACACAAAACUAAACAUAAACACAAAAA